CGGGCUGUGUGGUCGUCCCGCGAGCCGCCAGCUGCGCAGACGAGAGGGGCGCGAGUGACGUCAGCAGCACGUCCCUGAGUGGACAGAAGGGGCACGAGAGCUCUCCAACAGGAUGUCUGACCGUGCACACCUGCCGCAGUUUCCUUUGCUUGCAUGAGAGGCAAGUCAACACCCCAGUUCCUUGUGGGCAGAUGAAAAGAGGAACGUGAACCUGACCUUUAAGUGUCAUUCUGGAAGAAGAGACACACGCACAUCACUGACUCAACUUAAGAGCGGACUGAAGAGUCACAGAGAGGGGUGAGGAAGGUGAAGCCAAAGAAGGUGUUCAGGUGGCUAACAGCGCAACAGGCAUCAGACACAGCAGGAAGACAUGAAGAUGGGUGGUGGAGCUGCACAGAGCUGCUGGCUGCUGCUCACACUCUCUCUGAAAGGUAUUCUUGCUGGUGAUUGGUCAGUUCAUCUCCCCUCAGGUCCUAUCUGUGCUGUGAUUGGCUCCACAGUGGUUCUCCCUUGUUCCUAUGACUACCCUCAAAGUUCUAAUGAAACCCAGGAGAGGGGACGGCCUCCUGCCCAGGGUGGAGGAGGAGAAGAAGCACAGCAGUACAGAGUUCUGUCUGAGAUGUGGUGUCUCGAAGACAGCCGCUGUAUCACACCAAGAUAUGUCUUCCACAGCGCCGGUGUCUUGCAGGAUCCAUCCUACAUGAACAGGGUUGAGUACCUGGGACAACCAGGAAGUAAAAACUGCUCUCUUAGGAUUUCUGAUGUGCGACAGUCGGACAGCGGAGCGUAUGUGUUCUACCUCAUCACGAGCCACCCGACAGAGAAGAUGCCAGAGCAGAUUGGUGUACAGCUGCUGGUGGCAGAUUCGUCCAGUGCAGUCAAAGUGUCAGGGAGUCCCUCUAGUGACAUCACUGAGGGAUCGGCCUUACGUCUGGCCUGCUGCAGCCCUGCAGCCGGUCCACAGGCCAGCUUCAGAUGGUACAAGAGCACGAGCGCCACUCCGAGACACACUGGACAGGUGUUGAACAUCAGUGAGGUUACAGCUGAUGACUCUGGCAGCUACUACUGUCAGAUACGGACUGGGGACAAAGUGCAGAACUCUACAAUGCUGUACAUUGAUGUAGAGUACUCUCCUCGAAACACAGCUGUCUGGGUCUCUGGAGAGCUACAGGACACACUUCCUGUGACUCUGACCUGCAGCAGUGAUGCUAACCCACCGGUCCACACAUACACCUGGUACCACGGUGCAGCGUGUCUCCCUACAGUGGACAAAAGUUUUCAUCCAGCAACGCUAUCUCCAGCUACACCCACAGGAAGAGGCCCGACACUCAGCAGUGCUACCAUCACCACUGAGGAAUCUGGACUGCACUGCUGUGUGUCACGAAACAGACAUGGCUCACAGACAAACAGUGUAACGCUCAAAGAUUCAAGAGCAGUGCCCCCGUCUGAUUCUUCAGGAGGCAAAAUGGUGCUAGUCGGAGUCACCAUCGGUGUUCUACUGUUGAUUAUCGCCAUAGUGGCGAUUAUCCUGACAAGGAGACGAAAAUCAUCCAGACACCAGUCGUAUGUCCUCACAGGGACAACUGCUACACCACCGAAACUCUGAGGAAGCCCGUUUGUGAUGAUGACGAGCAUGAAGAUGAGGAUGGAAAUUACAGCCACAAUCACCUAAUUAAGAGCUGCUGGCGGUUGGAGCUGGCUCUGUGCGGUUCCAAGUAAACUCUUCAGCGUGAUAAGACUGGAACAGAUACUGACCAGAGCCUGAGGAGAAGUGGAGGAGGAUGAAAACCAGCAGGACAGUGACUCUGACACCAGGACAUCCAUUUACAAAAUGUACCAAGAUAUCAACUCUUCGUCCCGUUUGCCUAUUUUUAGAAUCCUGCUUUUGCCUGAUGUAUCACAUGUGGCUGAGUAAAGAGAUGCACAUAUUUUGUAUUUAUACAUGCUAAUUAAGUAAACAAGUACACGUUUUCAUUUUUGUGUAUCACUCCGUUAGCAGUUUUGUUUUGUGUGUGCAGCCAUUUCAAUGGGAAAUAGAGGUCAUUAGAGGUGCAUGUGCAACUGCUGUAAGCUACAGUUCAGUAUGUCAUCUGUGAAUUGAUCUAAGUGCAGCAUUUAUUCAUUAUGCAGCAGGUGGGAGACAUGUUUACAGGUUUUCAUCAGAAGAUACAUGGAUCACUUAUUACUGCCAUACUGACCAUGUCUAUCUGUCAUGUCUAUCUGUGUGAGGCAGGCCAGUCUAAUGUGUUAAACAAAAAGGUUGGCCCAGUACACCUUAUAAUGGUGUAUGUUGUUUCUGUUGCAAUUAAAAUCCCUUAACAUUAGUGUUAAUACAAAGAUGUUAGUGAAUACUAACACAUUGGUUGACUGAGGUUAAAGUGAGGACAAGUGUACAAUAACAUAAUGUACAUGAGCAGUUCAAACUCAAGGGGGCAGCAUUGCCUGGUUUGAGUCUGCAGUACAUGUAGUGAACCAUUUGCGCCACUGGAAAAUGUUCAACAACAAAACUUUUAGGAGAACCACAACUCAUAGUAAUAAUGGAGCUGUUGCUACAGUUAUCACUCCUGCAAUCAUAGCAAGACAGGCUCUAUUUAAAAGAGAUGAAAUUAGCUCAAUAUGGUCAUUUUGUGUUUUGUUUUCUUUUUGCUUUUGUGUUGUUGAAAUAAACAUCAGUAAUGUUUUCUUUAUA